AUCGGAAACUUAAACAUAAAGUUGGUAUUUUCUGUCGACUUCCAUAAAGCAAAAAUCCCCCCACUACCACAAAUCAUACCUUUCUUCCCCUUUAAAACACACUGCCUGCUUUUCACCCUCAAGUUUAGUAUAUCCCCUUCUCCUUCUUCACUAAGCAAAACACUACAUUUGCCAUAUAUUAGCUGCUACAAAUUUGCAAACACCACAACUAUAUACAACAGCAAGAAACAGAGAGAUCGCUUAAAGCUCAGAUUUUCGAGUACCUAGUAAUUUUUCCUUUAGAUAAAGAAAGACAGGAUAGUGAAAUAAAGAUGGUAGCUGAUUGGGGACCAGUGGUGGUUGCUGUGGCGAUGUUCAUCCUACUUUCACCAGGAUUGCUAUUCCAGUUACCGGCGAGGACUCGGGUGAUUGAGUUCGGGAACAUGUAUACCAGUGGGAUUUCUAUCCUAGUUCAUGCCAUCUUAUUCUUCUGUAUAUAUACAAUCUUGAUAGUUGCCAUUGGUGUUCAUAUACGAUCUGGCUGAUACUGGCAACAAGGCAAAAUUUAAGUUUUCUUCGACCCUGCUGCUGCUCCAGCCAAAUUCUCAACUCUUCUUCCUAAGGCUUUGGUGAAGGGGGAUUCUUGUUUUUAUCAAACCUUUUUCUGUGUUAUUUUUCUUUUGAACUAGUUUCAUUUUCUGAGAUACACUCACUAAGUGUUGUGACAUCAAUGUUUAUCAAAUUCAUGCAUAUGAAAGGAACAAGUUUUUGAACCACUUUUAUCAUAUUCUCUGUACAUGACGGUUCUUAA